UACAGAAAAUGACCAGAGACUGUGGAUGUACUAUAGGAGAUGACUAGAGACUACAGACAUAGUACAGGAAAUGACCAGAGACUGCGGGUCUACUACAGGAGAUUACCAGAGACUGCGGAUGUACUACAGGAGAUGACCAGAGACUGCAGACAUACUACAGGAGAUGACCAGAGACUGCGGACACAGUACAGGAGAUGACCAGAGACUGCAGACAUAGUACAGGAGAUGACCAGAGACUGCAGACAUAGUACAGGAGAUGACCAGAGACUGCGGACAGGAGAUGACCAGAGACUGCGGACACAGUACAGG